AUGAAGAUUGUUAAUCAUUUUAGAAAAUCAUAUCAAAAUAGGACUUAUUUGACUCAAAAAUUAAAAGAAAAUUUAAUUAUAGGAGGUGGAUUACAAGGAUAUUCAAAAACACAAAAAGAACUUUAUAAAACAUUUAAUGAAAGUUUAAAUUUUACUGAAUUUUCUGAUGAAAUUCAUGAACAGAAAGAAGAAUUUGAUUUUAUUGAUGAUAAUAAUGAGGAUAUUGCUGAAGAAAAUGAGACAGAAAUUCCAAACAAAAAUAAUAAAAUCAUUAUAGAAAAUUAUUUUGAUUUUAAUAGUCAAGAAUUUCAAAAAGCUUUAAAUAUGAAUAUAAGAGUAAUAAUUGAAGAAACAGAAUAUAUUGAUCAUGAAAAUAAAAACUUUAAUAUAAAUGCAAUAUUAGAUACUAAUUUGAAUUAG